AUGGCGACACAAUCAUACCCGGAAGGCCGUGUCCUUAUCAUUAUGACAGGAGGUACCAUCUGUAUGAAAUCUUCUCCGGAAGGUUUGAUUCCAGCAAGAGGCUUUCUCAAGGAAGGCAUGGCUACAAGACCAUCAUUCAACGAUGGAUCAAAUCCAGUGACUAUCGGUACACCUCACAGGUCCUUUCAACUAUCAAAUCCUAUGCCAGUUAUGACCACAAACACAACACAAGAAUACCUACCCAGUUUACGUACUCCCCCAAGCACGUAUUCUCGACACGUUCGUUACACUUUAUACGAAUUUCCUGUCUUACUAGAUUCAUCCUCAAUAUCUUCAAAUGGCUGGACACAAAUAGCUACCACGAUUGAGAGAAAUUAUCAUUUAUUCGAUGGUUUCGUGGUUCUUCAUGGUACAGAUAGUCUGGCAUACACGAGUUCAGCUUUAUCUUUCAUGCUGUCCCAUCUUGGAAAACCGGUUAUCCUCACUGGGUCUCAAGCUUCAAUAUUUGCUCUUCAAUCUGAUGCCGUGGAUAACCUUCUCGGAUCAUUAAUCAUCGCCGGAACUUUUAUGAUCCCUGAAGUAUGUCUCUUCUUCCAUCAUAAUUUAUUUCGUGGAAAUCGCACAACUAAAGUUUCGGCAACCUCCUUCGACGCCUUUGCUUCACCAAAUUGUGAACCUUUAGCCAAAGUAACGGCUUUAGGGGCAACAGUUAAUUGGAAUCUCGUUCGUCGCCCACGAUCGAUCGCAAAGUUCGGAGUACAAUUAAAUCUUGAUACUUCUCACGUAGCAUGCCUUCGUAUCUUCCCUGGUAUCAAACCAGAAAUGAUCGAUGCUGUCCUCCGAAUUCCAAAUCUUCGAGGUCUCAUCCUCGAAACUUUCGGAGCUGGUAACGCACCAAGUGGAGAUGAUGGAAGCAUGAUCAAGAUCAUGAAAGAAGCUUGUGAAAGAGGUGUCAUCAUAGUCAACGUAUCACAAUGUCAUUCUGGCUCAGUAUCUCCUCUUUACGCACCAGCUACCAUUCUUGGUCGGGCAGGUGUAGUUUUUGGUCACGAUCUUACAACCGAAGCAGCACUCACUAAACUUUCUUUCCUCUUGGCUCUUCCAGAUCUAUCAUACAACGAUAUUACAAUGCAAAUGCAAUGUUCCAUUCGAGGAGAAAUGACUGAGGAAGCUGGUACGGCAUUUUCUCAUCCGCCAACUGAUCAAGUUUCUAUCACGGCUCAACAACACGCUUUUACGGGAUUAGGCUACGCAAUUGAAAAGGGUGACACAAAAUCUAUUGUCAAUAUUCUUGAUCAUGAUCGUGCAGGUCUUCUUCAAGCAACGGAUUAUGUUGGAAAUACCGCAUUACAUUUGGGAGCAGUGGGUCCUUCAGUGGAUGUUUUAAGAGAAUUGUUAAAAAGAGGUGCAAGUGUUCACGCACGUAAUAAAGCAGGAAAUACACCGUUAUUUUUGGCGAGGAAAGCUGGUGCUGAUGAACUUGUUAAGGUUUUGGAGGAGGCGGGGGGACAUUUCGGUCCGUAG